GAAGUUGCAUUGGUCCAAACCAUCAUGUCGACAUUGCGAAGAGAUGGGCAAGCCAUGCAGAUCAAAGAUUAGUGAAUAUAGUCUUGCACAUGUUCAGACUGCAGAAAGCGAAUGUUUAGAUUUCCCUGAAGUUUGCACAGUUUCUGUGGCUCUUAUAGCAGUGGGGGCUCUCAUCAUCUACCAUGCCUAUAGCUCCAACAAAACAGAGAAAACAAAUCAGUUGAGAAUUGAAAGAUUUUUGGAAGAUUACAUAGGUCAGAAGCCAAGCAGAUAUUCCUAUGCUGAUAUUAAAAGGAUAACAAAUCAAUUCAAGGACAAGUUGGGGCAAGGGGCCUAUGGAACAGUUUUUAAAGGGAAGCUUUCCUCUGAAUUGCUUGUUGCUGUGAAAAUCCUCAACAAUUCAAAUGAAAAUAAUGGAGAAGAUUUUACUUGUUGACACCGUAACUAACCGAGCAACUAGCUAAGCAAGAUUAGCCACAUGCCAUGCUUAGAGAGAUCAUCACCUUCGCCAAAGAAGCCUUGCCACAUGUCACCACUAGGGGCAAUGUCAAGAGUCCCACAUUGGAAGACUACAAGAGGUGGAGACUCCCCCUCACCUAUAAAAGAAGACUGCUCUCCUCUUAGAAAGGGAUCCUAUCGGAUCCGAUGCUAUCCUAUCCUAGGUUGGGCUCUCUCUUCAUGACUCUCCUGCUAACCUGGCCUUCGGGUCCUAGGUCUUCGGACCCGGGGACUUGACCCCUGGGCUUUAGAUUCCUAGCUUUGUACCUUAGGCCCUAGGCCUUCUUCCAUUUAUCUUUGGGUCUAACCCAAAGCUUUUACAAAUGUAAACAUUAUCAUAAUGAGAACAUCUUCUCCGUGGACGUAGCCCAUUCAUUAAGGGUGAACCACGUAUAUCUUGUUUUUCGUAUAUUUAUCGCUUG